CUGGGCGGUCGGGCCGCUUGAGUGCUUGUCCUGGGCGCCGAGCCGUCGCUUCUCCAGCUACCUGCGGUUGUGGCAUGUGUCCCAGAACCCGGGCAGCGUGAGCUAGGUUUGGCUAGAGAAGACGCGGCCCCCCAGCCUUUGAGCCACGGGCGUCCAAGUCCUCUCCCCUGUGAGUGGAGAACGGCCGGCCUCAGCAGCUGAGAGAAGCAGGCCACAGCCUUCCAGGGCCUCGGGCCCGGGGACCGGAGGAGGAUGAGCUGGCUCUUUCCCCUGACCAAGAGUGCCUCCUCCUCCGCAGCUGGGUCCCCCGGUGGCCUCACCAGCCUCCAGCAGCAGAAGCAGCGCCUAAUCGAGUCCCUGCGGAACUCACACUCCAGUAUAGCUGAAAUACAGAAAGAUGUGGAAUACAGAUUGCCAUUCACCAUAAACAACCUGACAAUUAACAUUAAUAUAUUGCUUCCUCCACAAUUUCCUCAGGAAAAACCAGUGAUUAGUGUUUAUCCACCAAUACGACAUCACUUAAUGGAUAAACAAGGAAUAUACGUUACCUCUCCAUUAGUAAACAAUUUUACAAUGCACUCAGAUCUUGGAAAAAUUGUGCAGAGUCUGUUGGAUGAGUUUUGGAAGAAUCCUCCAGUGUUAGCUCCUACUUCAGCAGCAUUUCCUUACCUGUACAGUAACCCGGGUGGAACGCCCCCUUAUGCUGCCUCUCAGGGUUUUCCAUUUCUUCCUCCAUUUCCCCCAAAAGAAGCUAAUAGGAAUAUCACUUCUCUAUCUGCUGCUGACACCAUUUCUUCUUCAACAACAAGUCUGACCCCAGCCAAGCCGGCCGCCCCUUCAUUUGGUAUUCUUUCAAAUCUGCCGCUACCUGUUCCCACCACAGAUGCUUCAGCACCGACAAGUCAAAAUGGAUUUGGUUACAAGAUGCCAGAUGUCCCUGAUACAUUUCCAGAACUCUCAGAACUAAGUGUUUCACAACUCACAGAUAUGAAUGAACAAGAGGAUGUGUUACUAGACCAGUUUCUGAAUUUGUCUCAACUAAAGCAAAUUAUUACUGACAAGGAUGACUUAGUAAAAAGUAUUGAGGAACUAGCAAGAAAAAAUCUCCUUUUGGAGCCUAGUUUAGAAGCCAAAAGGCAAACUGUUUUAGAUAAGUAUGAAUUGCUUACACAAAUGAAGUCUGCUUUCGAAAAGAAGAUGCAAAGGCAGCAUGAACUGAGCGAGAGCUGUAGUGCCAGUGCCCUACAGGCAAGAUUGAAAGUAGCUGCACAUGAAGCUGAGGAAGAAUCUGAUAAUAUUGCUGAAGAUUUCUUAGAGGGGAAAACUGAAAUAGAUGAUUUUCUCAGUAGCUUCAUGGAAAAGAGAACAAUUUGCCACUGUAGAAGAGCCAAGGAAGAGAAACUUCAGCAGGCAAUAACAAUGCACAGCCAAUUUCAUGCUCCACUAUAGUCUUGAACCAUUGCCACCCACAAGCCUGAUGAUAUGUAUCAUCUGACAGUUCAAGUAGCCACUGGAGCCUAAGGAGAGUCUCUGGAGUUCCAACACAAGUCCCUGGAAGAGGUGCUGCCCCAGACGGGGGGAUACUCGUCCUGGCCCCGUCAGUUAAGCCUGGAGAUGGGUGUCAGGCGGUCCUCUACCCAGUCGACUAGCCUGAAGGAGGAGACUCUUAAGAAGGGAGCACAAGAAGUUCCCUAAAACAGGGAGUGGGAUAUGGGAAAGGAAACGGCAGGCAUUUCUCAUCUCAGCUCAAAUUCUUCCGCUCCGUGUCCUUCACGUUAGUGUGGACAUUGAACUGUUUUAUGUUAUUUUCUAAAUCAUACUAUUAAUAUAAUAAAUUCCAUGAGGAUUGGGGCUGAUUUUUGAUACCUAGUUUGCAUUUCCCACAGCUUGAAAAGGUGGACACUGAAAAAUUGUUUACUUAUAUUAAUGUAAACAUGCUAUAAUCCUUUCCUUACCCCUGUUGCGUAAUAGACACAUUUUCUUCUUAUAGAUAAGUCUUAAUUAGAAGAGAAUGUAAAGGGAUGAAAAUGUGUGCUCUUAAAUUAAAUCGUAGUUUGGUUUUUCU